AUGAGGUUUGCUUUAAUUCUUUUCGCUACAGGGUUAGUACAGUGCGCACUUGGUAUAUCUUUACAUUGGGGUCACAAAGAUGUUUCUCCUGACACUAAAAACUAUGAGAUAGCAAGUGUUAUCUGGGACCGGCUAGAGCGGCUAAAUUCGUCUUCGCUAACUAAGGAGCAAGUCCUAUUUAUCAAGACUGCUGCCAUAGUUGGCAGCUUAAGCCCAAAGGAAAUUUCUCAACACUCCUUUCCAUGGCAAACGGCUACCUCUCACAAUAUUAAGGAAAACAGUAAACGUCUAAAGGAGCAGAUUGGGCAGGGCCUCUCACUAGCGUAUCUCAAUGUCAAAGAUAUGGCAGACAUUGAAUACCUCAAGGAGCAGGUCUAUCAAAUGGAAAUGAUGUGGGACGAACUUACCGGUAUCAUACACCAUGCGCUAAAGGUUACCAUCAGGAACAGACAUAAGGAGCUCAAUUGGCUAGUUAACACCUAUUUGAAGUUCUACAUAUUCAGUGCUGAGAAAAUUAACAAAAAGUUGGCAGUAGACAAAGGAGAGCCAAAGAAAAUGGUGGGCAGCUUGAUGAGUAUACAGCUUGAAGCGCACAAGUUGAUGAACCAAUAUAUCAAAAUGCUUCAACGUAAAAAGACCAACGUUGAGGAAAAACCACAAUGGAGAUCUUUCGAUUCCCCACAGCCACUUCCAGAGAGUGAGCCAAUGCAGGUUGAAAAGUUGGAUCUAGACCAUCUGGCAAAGGAUGUGCCAUUAGAUAAGGAUAAUACAUUGGCAUUGUUAUUAAAGUUCAAGGUAUUGAGUGCCUAUCAAAUCUUCCCGACUGUUCCGUUCUGCGCUGUCGCCAACAUAAUAUUUGUUGCAGGAAACUUGUGUGGUAAGCUAUUCGCAGGAGUGACCAGUAGACAGGCCGAGAUUUUAAGGGAACUCUCGAAGCGUAUGGCCUAG